AUGCCUGCGGUGCUCCAAUCGACCAUUCAUCUCCUUGAAUCCGAGCUUGUUAAGGCGCGCGCUGCUCUCCAGGAAAUCCAUCCUCAUGCGCCUCUUUUGCGCAUCGGCGACGAGGUUGCCGUCGGCGCCAUGGCCGCCUAUCGCCAGCACCUCAUCAGUCGCGCACCGGAUUUCUACGGAUCCCGUCGACUGACUCUCAAAGAAAUCGGACUAGAACCGGCUGUACAUGAAUUGCCCAUCGAACAAGUGGCGCCGGCGGAGUCAGGCACUAUGGAACAACAGAGUCCCGAUCCCAUCACCAGGCAAGCUCCAUUGGAGCAGGUUCUCUCGAAUAGUCUGAUCCUCGAUCACAUGGCGCCGUACCUGGGAACACCUUCGCUGAUGACGUUGGCUGCGACGUCGCGGCAUCUCUACAAAAUGAUUACCAGUACUCCCUACGUGUUUAGACACCUCGAUCUCACUCGCUGCCGCGGUGCGCACUUGUCAUCCCCCGCUGAGCCGGCCCCAGACGCAGAUACCCAGACGGAGGAUGAGGUGUACUCGGCACCGCUGCGCAAAGUCUUUGGCAGCUUGGAGAAACGAUCGAUCCUCCAGGAUGUCCGCACGCUCGUUCUGGAUGGGCUGUCCGUACCUGCAGAUCUGGUGGCGGAGAUCAUCUCGAAUGAGCGGUUCAACGUCACUAUCUUAUCUAUUCGCGAGUGCCAGCACCUGAACGAGCGCAAGCUAAUGCAGGUUCUUCAACAUGCGGUCCGGCCAACUCGGCCAGCGGGCACACCAAAAAUCAAGGGCAUCUAUCAUUUCUCACCCAUGCAUACCCCACCUCAGACUGCCGUGCGUCGCCAGUACCGUGACUGGUGGCAGUCACGAUUAAGCCCUUCGUCCAGUUCUAGCCAAAGCUCAUCCAGCACUUCUUCCGACAAUGAAGAGGAAGCGUCCCAAGGCACCACGUCCACCACACAGGCCCCGGCUCAACUCCCAUCCCAGCUCCAGGGGCUAGGAGAUGAAUGGUAUCGUGCAUCUGGUAAGGUGUUCAAGCACGGCCUGGCCGAGGGCUGGGCACAAACUCUCCAGAAGUGCGAAGGUCUCAUCGCCUUUGACGCUGUCCUCUGUCGUGGGCCUCGUCACGACAUCAAUCGAUACACGGCCGUGACGGAGUCCAACCCGGCCCCCGAGGACCGGUUCCUCGGUCCCGCCAUUGCGACUGUUGCGUUGGGCCCGCGCGGCUGUGAUGGAUGCCAUAGUUCCCCCGAAGGCCCUGCAAUCUGGGGCCAGUCUCCGGAUGUGCAAUUCCCCCUGCUCAGCCCGAUUCCGUCGCACGUGUCUCACAUCGCGGCCGCCAAACGGCCCGUGGUGAUUCCGAACGAGCAUCCGGUCUUGAUCGCCAGAUGCGCAGAUUGUCUGACCAGCCGCUGGUGUCAUCAGUGCAAUAAGUGGUUCUGCUCGAAUUGUCUUCCGCACCCAACCCAAAUGCGGACCACUCUCACGCCCCAUCAGACUGCUAUUCGAUCCCCCCAAGUACCUCUUCGUGGCACCGCAUCACUCCACGUCGAGCGAGAGAGAAUUGAACAAGGCGUUAGCAAAGACUGCUGGGAAUGCGGCCCGACAUGUGGAUCAUGCAAACGAAAAACGCAACGAACCUGCCAGAGUUGUCGAGGUGACUACUGCAUCGAGCAUAAUGAGGGUUGCUCAGCGACUAUGGUGAUGCGAUUGGUGCAAUACAAGCUCUCGCCAUCGAAUGCGGCGUUUUCGCUAAAUCCGGUGUGA